AUGGUGGCCCGCUCGCCCGCUCGGCACGGAGGCGGCGGCGGGCGCCGCUGGCCGCGGCCGGCCGCCUGGCUGUGGCUGGCGGCGGCGCUGGGCGCCGUGUGGCCGCCGCGGGGCUCGCUGGUGCAGGGCCGGCGGCUGAUCUGCUGGCAGGCGGUGCUGCAGUGUCAGGCGGAGCCCGAGUGCAGCUACGCUUACAACCAGUACGCCGAGGCGUGCGCCCCGGUGCUCCUGCAGCAGCCGCCGGCGGGAGGCGGCGGGGACGGGCCGGCGGCCGCUGCAGGCUCCGCCGCCUCCUCCAGGCGGCGGUGCCCCAGCCACUGCAUCGCGGCCCUCAUCCAGCUCAACCACACCCGGCGCGGCCCGGCGCUGGAGGACUGCGACUGCGCGCAGGACGAGAACUGCCGCGCCACCAAGCGCGCCAUCGAGCCCUGCCUGCCCCGCACCAGCAGCCCGGCGGCCGGCGGCCCCGGCGGCCCCCCCGGCGGCGGCGGCCCCGGCGUCAUGGGCUGCACGGAGGCGCGGCGGCGCUGCGACUGGGACAGCCGCUGCAGCCUGGCGCUCAACCGCUACAUGACCUACUGCGGGAAGCUGUUCAACGGGCUGCGCUGCACGCCGGAGUGCCGCGCCGUCAUCGAGGACAUGCUGGCCGUGCCCAAGGCCGUGCUGCUCAACGACUGCGUCUGCGACGGGCUGGAGCGGCCCAUCUGCGAGUCGGUCAAGGAGAACAUGGCCCGCCUCUGCUUCGGCGCGGACAUGGGCGGCAACGGCGCCGGCAGCAGCGGCGGCUCGGACGGCGGCCUGGAGGAGUACUACGACGAGGACUACGAGGAGGAGCCCAGCCAGAAGGGGAGGGACGACGCGGAGGACAAUGCGGGCUCCGAGCCCGGCUUCCCCGUGCAGGCGGAUAGCGCCGGCCGGCCCGCCGCCGCGUCCGGGGCGCUGCUGGCCUCCAUCUUGCUGCCGCUGCUGCCGCGGCUCUAGCGCCUCUCUCCCGCUCCCUCCCUCCCUCCCUCCCUCCCUCCCUCCCUCUCGCCGGGCCGGGCCGGGCCCUCCGUGCCGGGCCGCCGCUGGCCUCCUCGAGGGCCCGCCCGCGGCGGCAGGGGGCCCGGCUGGCGGGGCCCUUCCGCGCGGCGCGGUUUUAAACGCUCUGACCGUUAAUCCUCCGACCGUUAGCCCGGGCGCACACCACCCCCCACCCCCCCCGCCGCGCCCCCCCGAAGGCGGAGGACCCCCCCUCUGCCUCCGCUGCUGCCCGCAGCGCCCGUCCGCACCCUUCCCCCGGCCUGGCCUGGCCUCGCCUCCCCGGCAGCCUUCGGCUGGCGGAGCCGCCGCGGCCUGGCGAGCCGGCCGCCGGGGCGGGUGGCCGGAGCGGAGCGGGCGGCCGCGGGCUGCGGGCCGCUCGUUUUUCGGGUGUUGGUCUCGAGUGUGCACUAUGCAAUUGCCGCCACCCUGCCUUCGUGUUAGCAGCGAGCGGAAGGGCUAACGGAGAGACUGCUCGCCAGGCUGCGGCGGGCUCCCCGCUGCCGCCAGCCGCCCCCCGGAAGGAAGAAACCGGGAGUCAUGGCAUGCUGGUAGUGGCUUUUUUUAAGCGCUUUGACAUGAAGGUUAGAAAGAGGUGAGCUACCCAAACUUGCUGCCAAAGCUGUUUCCGUGCUGGUUAGUCAACAACUUGAUGAUCGCUCGUUCGCCGAGUCUCGCUCUUCGUGAUGCAGGGGUGCCUGGAAGGGGGUUAUGCCGCAUCUGCCAUUAACUAAAUUUAAGGAAAUAGCAGACUGAAUGAAUUCUGUGGUUUACAGCACUCCCUCUUGCACACACAUCUUCCCUAUAACAAAAGCGUGCCAGCAGCCGUCUCUUCCUCUUUAACCUAGCGACAUAAAAGAAAGAUUUUUUUUUUUUUUCCGGAGUUGUUGGCUAUACUGAACAAUGCAACUUUUGUUUUAAAAGAGCUCUGCACUGCCAUCUUUGAAAGACACUUUUAAACUCGAGAACAUGUAUGUACAAAUAUCCUGAAAAGCUAUAUUGCCUCUUGUCAUAUCAGGGUGCUGACCUCUGGUAAAUCUUAUAUAAAAAAUGUAUUUAAAACUGGGAUUUGUUACCAGUCGCUCUUCUUUGUAUAUAGAAUUUUAUAAAUUGUAUGCUUUGGGAAUAAUUUAUUUAAAAAAAAAAAUAAAAGUUUUAAAUCCAUGUGCUAUUUGCCAGAUAAUUGCAUUUGCUAUUUUUGUCUGGAAAGGUACAAAUUUCACUUUAUGUUUAAGGGGAUACCAGCAGCAGUCAUUCAGUGACGCAUUCUCUGGAGCAUCAAAUGUACAGUGUAUUUUACAGAUUGGAAGUUAACUUUGUUAUUUGGAGAGACUUUAUGAAUGUUGUAGAAUUGUAUAAACGCAUUUCUGAGCUGCCUUAAACCAUGUAUUUUUUAUAGGAGGCAUAAAAAGGCCUGUGUGUUAAAUAUGUACGGCUUUUUGUAUUUUCUAAACGUGUAAAUUAGUAAAGAAAGAGCUUUAAAUAAUG